UUUGUCCUUGGACUUUGGUAGCAUCGUCCAAAAGAGUCAAUUCGGCCCUCAUCAUGUCGCGGUCCAAAAGGGCCCGGAAGGAUGCGGAGGCGGACGCUUGAAGAAUGUCCAAUGAAGAAGCUUAAGGCGAACAACAACCACCACAAGGACUUAUCAAACCACCAGGCCCUACAGACAAAACAGGCGCUGCGCCAGGAGACCCCAGCCGCAGACGCUGCUGACGCAGAGCAUGUGCUCGAGCCGCCCGAGCUUGUGGCUGGAGUGGAGAAGGGGGAGGGCACGGCUGCGGAGCCUGCCAAGGAGUUGGGGUUCGGGGUGAUGGACACGUGGCUCGGGGAUGUGGGGACCUGCUCCGCGAGGUGUGGGAGGUGGAGCUCGCAGCCGCCACUGCCAGAUGGCAGCGGCAACGCAGAGUGACGAACUGGGAGGCGGGUGCCACGGCUGCUUCGUGUAGUUGGCAAUAGCGCCCCACCACAUGAAGUGGUGUCAGCCACUCUGGUUUUAACCCUCUUAAGGGUGCAUCAUGGGUUCAUGACCCCUUGGAAUCCAGGAUCCAGAGGUUCCUGCGCAUGGUGCUUCCCAAGACGCGUUACUGCUUAGUGCUUGACGCCUCGUGCCCUGGACACGAGAUUCUGGUGUGUCAUUUUUCAGAGCAGCUUAUUUUUUGGUGGUC